UUUCUAAACAGCCUGACACUGAGGGGAGGCAGUGAGAUUAUAAGAAGUCCGGGUUGGGCGGAAGGCAGAAAACCAGCAGAGUCGCAGAGGAGAUGGCCAGCUGCCAAAAAGCAAUCUUGUAUCAGGGAUUCCGGAGAGUGGUCUUUGGAAUUGCCCGACUCCUUUGCUUCAGUGCCCUGAUCUCUGAACUAACAAACCAGAAAGAAGUGGCAGCGUGGACUUAUCAUUACAGCACAAAAGCAUACUCAUGGAAUACUUCCCGCAAAUACUGCCAGAAUCGCUACACAGACUUAGUGGCCAUCCAGAAUAAAAAGGAAAUUGAUUACCUCAAUGAGGUCCUACCCUACUACAGCACCUACUACUGGAUUGGGAUCCGAAAGAGCAAUAAGACAUGGACCUGGGUGGGAACCAAAAAGGCUCUCACUAAAGAGGCUGAGAACUGGGCUGAUAAUGAACCUAACAACAAAAGGAACAACGAGGACUGCGUGGAGAUCUACAUCAAGAGUCCGUCAGCCCCUGGCAAGUGGAAUGAUGAGCACUGCUUGAAGAAAAAGCACGCAUUGUGUUACACAGCCUCCUGCCAGGACAUGUCCUGCAGCAAACAAGGAGAGUGCCUCGAGACCAUCGGGAACUACACCUGCUCCUGUUACCCUGGAUUCUAUGGGCCAGAAUGUGAAUAUGUGACAGAGUGUGGAGAACUUGAGCUCCCUCAACAUGUGCUUAUGAACUGCAGCCACCCUCUGGGAAACUUCUCUUUUAACUCGCAGUGCAGCUUCCACUGUGCUGACGGGUACCAAGUAAAUGGGCCCAGCAAGCUGGAAUGUUUGGCUUCUGGAAUCUGGACACAUAAGCCUCCGCAGUGUUUAGCUGCCCAGUGCCCACCCCUGAAGAUUCCUGAAAGAGGAAACAUGACCUGCCUUCAUUCUGCAAAAGCAUUCCAGCAUCAGUCUAGCUGCGGCUUCAGUUGUGAAGAGGGAUUUGCAUUAGUUGGACCAGAAGUGGUGCAAUGCACAGCCUCGGGGGUAUGGACAGCCCCAGCCCCAGUGUGUAAAGCUGUGCAGUGUCAGCACCUGGAAGCCCCCAGCGAAGGAACCAUGGACUGUAUUCAUCCGCUCGCUGCUUUUGCAUAUGGCUCCAACUGUAAAUUUGAGUGCCAGCUCGGCUACAGAGUGAGGGGCUUGGACACGCUCCGUUGCAUUGGCUCUGGACACUGGUCUGCACCCUUGCCAACCUGUGAGGCUAUUUCGUGUGAGCCGCUGGAGAGUCCUGUCCACGGAAGCAUGGAUUGCUCUCCAUCCUUGAGAGCGUUUCAGUAUGAUACCAACUGUAGCUUCCGCUGUGCUGAAGGUUUCAUGCUGAGAGGAGCUGAUAUAGUUCGGUGUGAUAACUUGGGACAGUGGACAGCGCCAGCCCCAGUCUGUCAAGCUUUGCAGUGCCAGUAUCUCCCAGUUCCAAAUGAGGCUCAGGUGAACUGCUCCCACCCCUUUGGUGCCUUUAGGUACCAGUCAGUCUGCAGCUUCACCUGCAAUGAAGACUUACUCCUGGUGGGACCGAGCGUGCUACAGUGCUUGGCUACUGGAAACUGGAAUUCUGUUCCUCCAGAAUGCCAAGCCAUUCCCUGCACACCUUUGCUAAGCCCUCAGAAUGGAACAAUGACCUGUGUCCAACCUCUUGGAAGUUCCAGUUAUAAAUCCACCUGUCACUUCAUCUGUGAUGAGGGAUUUUCUUUGUCUGGACCAGAAAGAUUGGAUUGUACUCGAUCGGGGCGCUGGACAGACUCCCCACCAACGUGUGAAGCCAUCAAGUGCCCAGAACUCUUCGCCCCAGAGCAGGGCAGCCUGGAUUGUUCUGACACUCAUGGAGGAUUCAAUGUUGGCUCCACCUGCCAUUUCUCUUGUAACAAGGGCUUUAAGCUGGAGGGGCCCAAUAAUGUGAAAUGCACAACUUCUGGAAGAUGGUCAGCUACUCCACCAGCCUGCAAAGGCAUAGCAUCACUUCCUAGUCCAGGGGUGCAAUGCCCAGCCCUCACCACACCUGGGCAGGGAACCAUGCACUGUAGGCAUCAUCCGGGAACCUUUGGUUUUAAUACCACCUGUUACUUUGGCUGCAAUGCUGGAUUCACACUCAUAGGAGACAGCAUUCUCAGUUGCAGACCUUCAGGACAAUGGACAGCAGUAACUCCAACAUGCAGAGCUGUGAAAUGCCCAGAACUACAUGUUAAUAAGCCAAUAGUGAUGAACUGCUCCAACCUCUGGGGAAACUUCAGUUAUGGAUCAAUCUGCUCUUUCGAUUGUCUAGAGGGCCAGUUACUUAAUGGCUCAGCACAAACAGCAUGCCAGGAGAAUGGCCAUUGGUCAACUACUAUGCCAACCUGCCAAGCAGGACCACUGACUAUUCAGGAAGCCCUGACUUACUUUGGUGGAGCGGUGGCUUCUACAACAGGUCUGAUAAUGGGUGGGACGCUCCUGGCUUUGCUAAGAAAGCGUUUCAGACAAAAAGAUGAUGGGAAAUGCCCCUUGAAUCCUCACAGCCACCUAGGAACAUAUGGAGUUUUUACAAAUGCUGCAUUUGACCCAAGUUCUUAAGUUUUCCAUAAACAUCUGUGAAUCAAAGACAUGGAAUUACCUUAGAUUAGCUCUGGACCAGCCUGUUGGACCAGCUGUGGACCAACCCUGUUUCCUGAGUUUGGGAUUGUGGUACAAUCUCAAAUUCUCCACCUACCACCCCUUCCUGCCCCACCUCUUCUCUUCCUGUGAUACAAGCCACAGAAGCCAGGAGCAAAAGUUUCUGCAGUAGUCUCUGUGCUUUGACUCACCUGUCACUUGAACUACCAGUGAACCAAAGAGACUGGAGCAUCUGACUCACAAGAAGACCAGACUGUGGAGAAACAAAAAUACCUCUUUAUUUUUUGAUUGAAGGAAGGCUUUCUCUACUUUGUUGGAAAGCAGGUGGCAUCUCUAACUGGAAGCAAUUCCUGUAGCAUCUUCUGGAGUCUCCAGUGGUUGCUGUUGAUGAGGCCUCUUGGACCUCUGCUCUGAGGCUUCCAGAGAGUCCUCUGGAUGGCACCAGAGGCUGCAGAAGGCCAAGAAUCAAGCCAGGAGGAUACAUGUCACUGUGGACCUUCCUGCCACCAGUCACUGUCCCUCAAAGGACCCAAAGACCAAUAUUCAAAUGUAUAAUUAAAAGAAUUUUCCCCAAA